UACGUAACUCGAACAUUUAUUAAUAUACCAAAUUAUGUUAUAAUCGUUAUUAAUUAAUUAAUUAAUUAAAGAAAUAAACGCGCGGUUUUAAUAAGAGCGAAAAAUAUUUCGAUUGACGUCACCAGUGCGAGGAGGCGUCUACAAGAUCCAGCGCCGUCACGUGAUGGCUUGUGGCAUUUUUUUUAUUUUGAAUGUUUGAUGGUUUAGUACACUUACGGAUGUUUCGAGUAUGUGAAACUAAUUUGAACUAUUCGUGACUAAUGUGCAAUAACUUGAAUUCUACGCAUUGGAUAUUAAAAAAUGGCGCGUUUAUAUAUAAUAUUAAUGUCACGGCGUUGGGUUAUUUUCACGUUUCAACUUUAGGCUUAAAGCAUGAAUGACGAUCACAGUUUGAAUCUCAGCGACGACGAGGACGAGUUUGAUGUUACUAAUAACCAGCCAGAAUUACACGGCACGCUCUUGAAAUGGACAAAUUACAUCCAUGGAUGGCAAGACAGAUACAUUGUGCUGAAAGAAGGAACAUUGUCUUACUAUAAAUCCCAGAACGAUACCGGUUACGGAUGCAGAGGUGCUAUCAGUAUAUACAAGGCUGCUAUCAAGCCUCAUGAAUGUGAUGAAUGCAGAUUUGAUGUUUCUGUCAAUGACUGUGUUUGGUACCUUCGAGCCGAGAACCCAGAUGAAAGGAAUAGAUGGGUCGAAAUUUUGGAAGCACAUAAGAUGGAUUCUGCUUACGGAAGUGAGAAUAGUCUCCAGAGACAUGGCUCAGCUCUCUCGGUGAAUUCCACUAGUCUCUCGGCCACUAGUUUCACUUCUUUCAAAAAAGCAAGAGGGUUGCGAGAAAAGUUGGCACAGAUGGAGACAUAUCAGAGCAUUCUUUGUCGUCGGAUAGAUACAUUACAGAGUUAUUUUGACACCUGUGCAGAGGCUGUUAAUGCUGUUAAUGGAAAAGAUGAUGAUGCACGCAUGGAAGAUACUGAUGAAGAGAUAGAUGAAUUCGGUACAUCGAGAGAUUCGACAUUAAUUUAUGAUGAUAAAGGUGGCCAUUCACCAACAAUUACUAAACGCUUACAAAUUCAGCACGGAGCCCAUGCCAUCGACUUCAAAGGUGAAGCCAUCACUUUCAAAGCAACGACAGCUGGAAUGCUUACAACACUAUCCCAUUGCAUUGAUUUGAUGACUCAAAGAGAAGAAAACUGGAAAAGAAGACUUGAAAGAGAAGUUGAGAAGCGAAAAAAGUUAGAAGAGCAUUAUCAACAACUUCUUGCAGAAGCAAAAGCACAAAAACCACCUAUAGUCUUGGGUGGUCCUGAUUAUGAGGAGGGUCCACACAGUAUACUCAAUGAAGAAGAAUUUUUUGAUGCAAUUGAUGCUGCUCUAGAUAAAGAAGAACAAGAGGAGGAAAAGAGAAAGUUAAGAAAUAAAAUUAUAGACUCUGUACCUGUUUCACCAACUAUUCCUGCAACACAGCAUCAGUUAUGGCCAGAAAUUGAACAGAUAACAAUGGAACAGUUAAAGUAUGCCAAAAUGGGUGUUGGAGAGGGAGGAUGGCAACUUUUUGCUGAAGAUGGAGAGAUGAGAAUGUACAAAAGAGAAGUGGAAGUAGGUGGGGUAGUCUGUGAUCCUUUGAAAGCAGUACACACUGUUCAGGGUGUGACCGGCCAUGAAAUGUGUCAUUAUUUUUUCAGCCCAGAUGUCCGUUUUGAUUGGGAAACCACAUUAGAGACCAUGAAAGUCGUUGAAGAAAUUGAUUCCGACACCUUGAUAUUCCAUCAAGUACAUAAAAGAGUUUGGCCUGCAACACAGAGGGAUGCACUGUUUUGGUCUCACGUACGUCGGGUACCAAAUUCGGAAGAUCAAGACGCUCACGACAUAUGGAUCGUGUGCAACAAUUCGGCAGACGUUCCACCUAUUCCCGUCGGAAAAUGCGUCCGCGUGAAACUCACCGUGUGCCUCGUUUGUCAAACUUACGUCGAUCCGCCCACAGAAGAUAGCAAGAUCACUCGUGAAAAUUUGAAUUGCAAAAUUACUUACUGUUCUAUUAUUAAUCCUGGAGGCUGGGCUCCGUCGUCGGUCUUGCGUGCCGUCUACAAACGUGAAUAUCCAAAGUUCCUUAAACGUUUCACACAGUACGUCAAAGACAUGACAGAAAAUAAGGCCAUCAUGUUCUGACCAAGCAUCCCAUAACAUAAACAAACGAUUAGUAGAGUUGUAACACUGCUAAUCACACAUACGGAUGUGUAUAAAUAUUGUUUAUAUAUAUAUUAUACAUGUAUAUAUAUAUAUAAGCAUACUAUUUCAGUCAGAUGCUGUGAUGUGGACAUUUUGAUACUGUAAUCCCGAAAUUAUAUAUGAAAAAUAUUCAAGUACAAAUACAUAUAUUAAAUACGCUUUAAACACCAAACAAACAAAAGUUUUAUCGGCUAAAGAUAUUCGACUUCUAUUAUCGUGCGAAGCAUCGCAGAACCGAUGUAAAUAUUUUUUGAACAGAGUAAAAAACAAGAAAAAAAUAUCAUAUUCUUUUGUACAGAAUCAUUCUGUAAUUUUUGAAUAAAUCAUAAAGUAGCUGAAUUUUAUCAAAACUGAGAAUUUUUUUUUGUAAAAUUUUCCUCAAAUUUGAGUUAGAACACGUGGCUUCGCCAAUAGUGAUGAUUUUCUAAAUAUCUGAUUUUCGUCAUUGGUUUCUUUUAUGCAAGGUAGAAUUUGUAAAUAUAUAAAAACAAUCUGUGUUUUUGAUUACCAGUAGGUCUUUAUUAACUGUUUCUUAACUGCAACGAUACUAAAAAAUAAUAAAAAAUAUUGUCACGUUAGCCAUUUUGACAUGCCCCUUGUUGUUCUUACAAAGUUGGUCAUGUUACUUCAAUCUGUUUUGAUCAAAGAAGAAAAAAUGUUGAGAUAAUGUAUAAAAAUAUCAGUUUGUAUGCAGAAUAAAAAUUUUACAGGUUUUG